AUGAAGGUCGUGACCUUGUUACUUGAUAAAAUAAGAGAUCAAGUGAAAGCGAAGAAAAUACCAAAGAGAGGCAUCCCCUUAAACACGAUAAACAAAUGCGGGUACACGGCUCUGGAUAUUCUGGACAAAUUCAAAUCUUCUGAAGUACAAGAUAUUAAAAAAGUCAAGAAGAAGUUUAAAAGAGCUGGUGCCUUGAAAACUGCUGUCUUGAAAGCUGCUGCCUUGGAAGCCCAAGAAGACAAUCAGGUCGAGGGGUUGUCCAUGAGGCAGAAUGCGUUGAUGGUGGUGGCGUCGCUUAUCGCAACCAUGGCUUUCCAAGCCGGGGUGAACCCUCCUGGUGGUGUCUGGCAAGACAGCAAGGACGGCCAUGAAGCUGGAAAAGCUGUGAUUUCUUAUAGGGACUCAUAUGAAUAUACAGUGUUCCUUUAUGCCAACACAAUAGGAUUUGUGUCAUCACUAAGCAUAAUUCUGUUUCUAGUGACCGGAUUGCCCUUCAAGAAAAAGUUGUUUACGCGGAUCAUGGUGCUGAUCAUGUUCCUCACAGUCACAUCCAUGACAUGGACAUACAUAUUUUCAAUCUUCAUAACCAGCCAUCUGGACAAGAGCGAUCUCCUUAUUUGCGGGCAGCUAGCUUGGCUUGGGGUGAUCUGUGUUCUUGUGGUAAUCCACACCAUUCCCUUGCUGAUCAGGUUCUUGAAGGUCAGCUGGCAUAUAAUACGGCUACUGAUGAAGUUGUUCAUGAAAUUCAAAUUCAUCUCACCUUCAAGGGACCAAUCCCUACCAAUUUCAUCUAAUGGGAAUGAACCCCAGCGCGCUCUAGCUUAAUGGGAACGGGAACCCAGCUUGAUUUUUAAUCAGCCUUAUCCGUGAGUUUAAAUUAGUGAAUGGAAGAUGGCAUAAUUGAUGGACUGAGCAGAGUUCUCUAUUAGAAUGUGUUAAAUGUAUUGCCUUCUAGUUCCUGUUAUGGAAAUUGAAUAAUUCCUUCGACGUCGAAUCACGUUAUAUUUGUUGCUGUAUUGUUUAGGAACUUGGUGUU